AUGGUUGCAUGUGCAUAUCAGGCUGUAAAACGGCUUCGUACCAAUUUAGCCCUUGCCAGACUCUUAGAUGAACAUUCAUCCUUGGAGUAUGCUGGUACUAAAGUUGUUGUUAUUGUGGGGAAUGUCACCAUCAUUGUGUCAAUGGUUUGCGAUUUCAUCGCGACAGCUGCAAUGUGGUACUUUCUUGAUGCUAAAGGGGUGACAAAGACAAGGGGUACUAUCAUGUCGAUCCGACUUCUGGUCCUUAAUCGUGGAUUGCUCCUCUUAGCAGCUCAAAUCACAUUUUUGGUUCUAUGGCUCGUAGGAGAGACCCAUUGGUACUGGUGCAUCGCGUGGAUUAAUCUCGAGCUUAGUGGAUCAGCCAGCGAAUCAUAUUCCAGUUCAUCCUUUAGCAUUGCAGUAGCCCUCAUGUCGAAAGCAAAACAUGAAAAAGUAUUUCCUCCUCUCGAAUCCGAUCCACAGCUCUUUACUCUUCUUCUUCAAAAACUAGGCGCCUCGUCUGCACUUCACUUUGAAGACGUACUCUCUCUUGAUGACCCCGAUCUCUUGGCCCUCAUUCAGGGACAUAUAGUCGCAUUCGUUCUCAUAUCUUCUUCUAAAGAGGGGCACGAUGAUACUUUGCAGCUUGAGGAGUCGCAGCGCAUUGCAUCAAUGAGCGAAGCCGAUAAGAUAACAGGCGAAGGCGUAAUGUGGGUAAAGCAGACAAUCCACAACGCCUGCGGCUUCUACGCCCUCUUACACGCAGUCUGUAAUAUUCCUUCCGCGAGAAGUCAUAUCGCACCUGGAUCUGUGCUUGAUGCUGUCUUGAAUGCGAGAUCUGUAGAAGAGCGUAAGAAGAUUCUGGAAACGAGCAAGGCUCUCGACGAUGCCUACAUCCCAAUUGCGCUGCAAGGACAGACAGCAGUGUCAGAGGAUUGGGUAUGGGAGCCCCCUUUUCAUUAUGUUUGCUUUGUGGAUGUGCAUGGACGAGUGUGGGAGCUGAAUGGAGCCAGAAUGGGCCCUGUGGAUAGAGGAGGGGGAAGAGAGGUGGUAGAUGUCGUGAGGGAGUGCAUAAAGGAGAAAGGAGGCACACACAGCUUGCUCGCUCUCGUAGAGACCGUUGCAUGA